AUGGCAAAGUUAUACUUUGGUCCAGAACGUCCUCCUAACCUGCCUGAGCCUGAAGAUGUACCACGACCCUCCCUUCCUCUGGUGUACGCACCACCUGCGCUGGCACGCGCCACUUGGUUCCAAGAUUGGUUGGAACUGGACCGUUGUUCACCACGUGAAUAUGAUCAGGAUUUGUCUCAGGAGGAACUCUUGAAACAGGCCACGGAUGAUUUCCGUUCAGACAGGAAGAACGCGUGGUGGGAUUAUCACCCGAAAGGGCAGAUGCGUCUGGAGACAAUGUGGAAUCAGUUCGCAUAUUUCAUAGGCGUCAUUUUCGAGGCUGCCUGGCGAGACCCUCUCCCCGAUGGGAACGACGAAGACGCCACCGGUGGGGGAGGUAGCGGUGAUAUCUCUGACGAUGAACCCGAUCAUAAUGAUCCCAACCGCCCUCCGGUCUACUUCGACGCGUCUAUGAGUCGCGGGGCUUCUAACGAUCGCGGCCGCGGUCGUGGUUACGCUCGAGGGAGAGGAGGAAGGGGGACCGGGGGACCUAGGAGAGGAAGGCCGUUUCUCUUCCACCCUCUUGGCCCGAAGGACAGGGACACGUUCAUCGAGGCGACGUUCGGUAUGAGCUUGGAAGAAAAGGUGAAUAUCAGGAAGGCGGAACAGGAGAAAAGAAGGGACAGAUUUUUCAGUGACCCGGAGGGGACUGUGAGGAUGUUUUUCUCGAGUUGGGCUAUAGAUCGCGGUAUGCUACUGUCUCGACGUAUUUUAGAACUCCUCCCUCUCAUCGUCCGGUUCUAUCUCCGCUACCUCAUCCAAUGCGACGUCUUCCCCGACGCACAUAUGCGCACUGGUCUUCUCGACGCGUUGAAGGCCACGGAGCAGGCCAUGGUCGAGCUGCCUAAGAUUCAGAACUUCUCCCUCUCGCCCGGCCAUCGCGCUUGGUACGAUCACGCAACUGCGUCGGAUGACGACAAUGAGGUGCCAGCUGAAGAUUUGGAGAGCGGCAUAAAAGAAGUGGAGGAGCAUGAUAGCGCUGUCGCCGGUGAUUCUGCUAUCGAGCCUUCAACUCUAGGGACCGCGCCUGUCGUUUCCACCGAUAUCAGCCAUACCACGCCCAUCUCAGAUCCCAAUACUACUACCGAUAUCCCUAGCCCCACCGAACCCGGACUCGUCGUUGACCCUGCGGAUCCCGAAGUCCUGGUAGACCUCAACAGCCUCGCCCACGAACUCGACGAGCUAGACCCCGACGCCGUCAUCCCAGCCCAAGCUGACGCGGUUAGCGGCUGGGAUACUCUGGAUGACUAUUGGAAGAUGCUGCCGGACGGGAUCAAGGAUACGCAUGUCCCAGGUCGUGUGGAGGUGGCGACGAGGGUUGUGCACAGUACAAAGUAUUCUGAGGCGGAGACGAUGAACGAGGGUGCGGGUGAGGCAGGUGCUGAUGUAGGCUCGUCUGUGGGUUUAAGUGACGAGGAGAGGGUCGAGGAAGAGUUGAGGACGAAGUUCGGGAGGGCGAUCAUGCGUCCUUGGGGAGCAUAUAUCGACGGAAGGACGUACGGACCUGAUGUCCCUCGCCCGGUCGUAGACAAUCUUGUCGAUUCACCGGCCAUCAAGUUGGGGACUCACAACCCCUUGCGAGACGACAUUGAGGUAGUGCUGAAGGAUACAGAGGUCAAGGCGUUGAUGUCAGGAUGGGGAUUGAAGGGCACGUUUGUGCAGUUGGUGAGGCGGUCUUUCGCUGAGGGGGACGAGAAGGAGGUGGCAGGAGGUACUUCAUCAAAGGCAUUGUGGUUCAUGGUGGAGUGCAAGGAAGUUCUACCAACGUACUAUGUAGCACUGGAGGAUUGAUGAGUGGUUUUGCAUAUCUUGCGUCAAGGUUUACGGGAUUUCAGUUUGCUAUACUUACAAUUCGUCGCCAUACACAUACUACAGUCGGUGUCACUCAGGUGUCGUUGUCUUCAAUCAUAAACGUCCGUUGUCAAUUGC